GCUCGCUGUGACUACGCGGAAGUUGUCAGUAGGGGUUUCUAAAUACAGGACAAUAAUAUUACCGCAGGGGCAACGAAUUCAUCGUGUAAGUUUAGUUUGCUUGCACUGCAAGCUCUGUUAACCGUGGCAUGUACACUUCAGGUCGAGCCAAACUGGGUCAUCUAAUUCGCUACGGGCCAAGUGCGCAUGUUGCAAGAGGAAUUCGAAGAGUCCCAGUCGUAUAAAAGGAGUAGGCGGCGGGCUUCACUGGUACAUACUUGAGGACUUCGUCACGAGCACGCAUCCCAAUGUCGAGCAGUUGGCUUUUCAUCGGUGUCAGCGCCACGCUGGUUUUGUCCGCGUUGGCUCACUGCGUCACCUACGGCCACUGCGGCAAGGACAAGGGUUCCGGGAAGCAUCUGCCAUGCGCCCUGAAGCGUGAUCCAGUCAUCAUGGAAGAUAAACUUCUCUUGAACGCGUGUCCCGCACUGCUCAACUCCAAGGGCAAGGCGGCGCCUGUCUGCUGCGACGCUAAGCAGGCGGAGACAUUCAAAUCUCAGUUCAAAAGCCUCAUCAAUAUCGGUGUUCACAGAGACAGCACGUGCUUCCGUAACUUCCAGAACAUCGUCUGCCAGGCGUUCUGCUCGCCGAACCAGUCUCAAUUCGUCGCCAUCUUCGGAAACAGCACCAAGGAAGGACACAAACCAUCGGCUACAGAUAUUGUUUACGCGGUGGAAAGAAGUUUUGCCGAGGCAGUUUACGCAUCCUGCAAGGACGUCCGCACUCGAAUUUUUGGCACUAAGCUGAUGAAGUACAUGUGCGGAAGGUACGGCUCCAGCGACUGCUCACCUCAGCGCUUCCUCGACUUUGUGGGCGCCGUACGUUCAGAGGGUGGCCACUCGCCGCUCAAAAUCCGCUACGUAAUCGCGGAGACCAGUAUUAAGGUAAAUAACAAGACGCUGGAGCCCUUCAAACCAGAGGUCAUGUGAUUGAGCCGAAAGCUGGUGCACGCGGCAGGCGACUGCACCGGCUCACGUUUGCAAAAUAAAUUGCGAGACUCGAAACGGCAGAAACUGUAACGACUGGUUACGUUUUCAAUGUGAAGCAUUUCUUAGCCUAGUCGGAGCCGAGGUCAAACGUGAGCCCGUUCAAGGUCACAGAGUUUGUCGCCGAUUUUCACCCACUCGCUGGCGGCUCCUUCUUGCUGCAC